CGCCGCGUGGAUGCGAGCGGGCCCCGACCUGCGCUCCGGGGACCCCGACCGUCAUGCUAAGGUAAAGCAGAGAAGCUCAGUGCUGAACAUGCUAAGGAGGCUGGACAAAAUCAGGUUCAGAGGUCACAAGAGAGACGACUUCCUUGACCUAGCGGAGUCUCCGACCGCCUCGGACACCGAAUGCGCAGACGAAGUCCCCCUGAAGAUCCCUCGCACUGCCCCCCGGGACAGCGAGGAGCUGAGGGACCCCGCUGGCCCCGGCUCCCUGGUCAUGGCUGCGGGGAUCCAGGACUUUACCCGGACAGAGUCUGACCGGCUGAACGAGAUCAAAGGCCACCUGGAGAUCGCCCUCCUGGAAAAGCACUUCCUGCAGGAGGAGCUCCGGAAGCUGCGGGAGGAGACCAACGCUGAGAUGCUGAGGCAGGAGCUGGAGCGGGAGCGGCAGCGGCGAGCGGAGCUGGAGCAGAAGGUCCAGGAGGUACUGCGGGCCAGAACCGAGGAGCAGGUGGCUCAGCAGCCCCCGAAAGGGCCGGCGCCAGCCAACGGAGCAGACCGCCGGAGCCAGGGGCUCUGCUCCCGCUUCCAGAAGUUUUUCUACGAGAAGUUCGGGGAGUACGUGGAGGACUUCCGCUUCCAGCCGGAGGAGAGCACCGUGGAGACGGAGGAGCCCCUCAGCGCCCGGAGGUUAACGGAAAACAUGAGGCGACUGAAGCGGGGCGCCAAGCCGGUCACCAGCUUCGUGAAGAACCUCUCUGCCUUAUCUGACUGGUACUCCGUCUACACGUCCGCCAUCGCCUUCACCGUGUACAUGAACGCCGUGUGGCACGGCUGGGCCGUCCCCAUGUUCCUGUUCCUGGCCAUCCUGAGGCUGUCCCUCAAUUACCUCAUCGCCAGGGGCUGGAGGAUCCAGUGGAGCAUCGUGCCGGAGGUGUCCGAGGCGGUGGAGCCGCCCAAGGAAGACCUGACCGUGUCCGAGAAGUUCCAGCUGGUGCUGGACGUCGCCCAGAAGGCGCAGAACCUCUUUGGCAAGAUGGCCGACAUCCUGGAGAAGAUCAAGAACCUGUUCAUGUGGGUGCAGCCGGAGAUCACGCAGAAGCUGUACGUCGCCCUGUGGGCUGCCUUCCUCACCUCCUGCUUCUUCCCCUACCGCCUGGUGGGGCUGGCCGUGGGGCUCUAUGCCGGAGUCAAGUUCUUCCUCAUCGACUUCAUCUUCAAACGCUGCCCGCGGCUUCGCGCCAAGUACGACACCCCCUACAUCAUCUGGAAGAACCUCCCCACAGACCCCCAGCUCAAGGAGCGCUCCAGCACCGCCGUGCCCCGCAGGCUGCAGACGGCCGCCUCCCGGAGCUACGUGUCCAGCGCGCCCGCCGGCCUCAGUAAGGACGAAGACGCCGGCCGCUUCCACGGCGCCAAGAAGGGCAACUUCCACGAGAUCUUCAACCUGACGGAGAACGAGCGCCCGCUGGCAGUGUGCGAGCACGGCUGGCGCUGCUGCCUGAUCAACCGGGACCGGAAGAUGCCCACGGACUACAUCCGGAACGGGGUGCUCUAUGUGACCGAGAAUUACCUGUGCUUUGAGAGCUCCAAGUCUGGCUCGUCCAAGAGGAACAAGGUCAUACGGCUGGUGGACAUCACGGACAUCCAGAAGUACAAGGUCCUGUCCGUCUUGCCCGGGUCAGGCAUGGGCAUCGCUGUGUCCACGCCGUCCACCCAGAAGCCGCUGGUGUUUGGCGCCAUGGUGCACAGGGACGAGGCCUUCGAGACCAUCUUCAGCCAGUACAUGAAGAUCACGGCGGCGGCCUCGGGCAGCGACAGCUAGUGCGGGCUCUCCUGGGCACGGCUGGAGUUUUUUUUUUUUUUUUUAACAAUUUGGCCAUGGGCAGCAGCGGGGCCCGGUGAUGAGCUAUGAGCCCUGCUGCGCUGCUCUGCAGGGCGCCUCCUGUGGAGCGGGGCAGGGCAGGGCAGGGCGGGGCACACCUGGGGCGGGCCCUCUGGCAGUGAGGAUGUCGGGCGGAGGGCAGAGGGUCCUCGGAGGCCGGCAGGGGGGCGGCACAGCCGCCCUGCUGCACGGGCGCCCCGCACACCAAAGCCAUAGCUGAGCGCUUGGAGCCCUGGGAGGACGCGGUGACAGGGUCACGGGGAGCUGCUCGUCCAGAGGCCCCACAGCCUCCUGCGGCCUCGGCCUGACCGGCGGCCGGGAGGCCUACCAGCAGCUGACCAGGCUGCAGAGGGGGUUGGCAGAAGCACAUCUCUUGAACACUUCAUGGUACGGGGCCCAGCAGAAUGUCCCCUCGGGCUUUGGGGGCCCCGAGCUUUGGGGGGCACUCAGAAGUACAGGGCCUGCAGGUGGCGCCGCCUGGGGUGAGGGGGCCCUGGGGCUCAGGUGGGUGCACAACGCAGCGACGAGCCCGUGUGGGCCGUGCAGAGACGCUCGGGAGGCCAGCAGGUCUGGGGGUGACUGAGCAGGGCCCCAAGGCUGGGGCAGACACCCCGGUGUCUGGCAGUCUUCCCACAGGGGCCGCCGAGAGCCCCCUGGACAGGCCGAGCCCUGCGGAGGGUCCGCCCGCACCCCCCGGCGCCCUCCCGCUCGGCUUGUCCGAGCCCCACGGGCGUCGCUGAAGUCGUUUUUUGACGAACAGAAGAUUCUAUUUUUUACAGAGAGCAGGCUGCUUUUCUUAUUUUUGUAUCAUUUUUCAGACGUCAUUUUUACCUUUGCUCUAAUUCUCAUUUGCUGGUUCAGGGAGGGAUGGGCGGUGCCGGCCCUGGUCACCCCGCGGGCCCGAGGAGCAGGGUGGGGGCUCCCCGGCCAGCGGCCCAUGCAUCCCCCCG